CUCUUACCCGUGCAUUGAUUGUUGUAUCUCCUCCUCAUCCCGAGAAAGUUCGCCCUCACAGUCGAUUCGUUUUUUAUUUUCCCUUUAAUUUUGAGGAACUAUGGCAGAUUCCCAAGAGGACAAGCUGUACAGGGCGGAAUAUGCCAAAAGCGGCCGUGCAUCGUGCAAGAAAUGCAAAGAAAACAUAGCUAAAGACUCGCUGAGAAUGGCCAUCAUGGUGCAGUCCCCCAUGUUUGACGGGAAGGUCCCACACUGGCACCACUUCUCUUGCUUCUGGCAGCGAGCAUCAGCUCAGUCCACUGCUGACAUCGCUGGGUACUCUGACCUCCGCUGGGAAGACCAGGAGAAGGUCAAGAAGGCCAUUGAAAGCGGUGGAGCUACAGGAGGAAAGGGGGACCAGAAGAGUGGCGCCAAAGGGGAGAAGACUCUGAAUGACUUUGCGGUGGAAUAUGCCAAGUCGAACCGCAGCACAUGCAAAGGCUGUGAUCAGAAAAUAGAAAAGGAUCAGAUUCGUGUGUCCAAGAAAACUGUGGAUCCAGAGAAGCCCCAGCUGGGUCUGAUCGACCGCUGGUACCACACGGCGUGUUUCGUGAGCCGCAGGGAGGAUCUGGCCUUCAAACCUGAAUACAGCGCUCCCCAGCUGAAGGGUUUCAAUGCACUACGGGCUGAAGACAAGGAAGAGCUUAAGAAGAGGCUUCCUGCGGUCAAAUCUGAAGGAAAACGUAAAACUGAUGAGGUGGAUGGAGUAUCAAAGAAACAAAAGAAGGAGGAAGAGGAUCAGAAGAAAAAGCUGGAAGAGCAGUUAAAGAACCAAAGCCAACUGAUUUGGGGAAUCAAGGACAAGCUGAGGAAGUUUUGUUCAGUGAACGACAUGAAGGAGCUGCUGAUUGCAAAUGGCCAGGAGGUUCCCUCUGGAGAGUCCAAUGUGGUCGACUGCCUGGCCGACGGCAUGGCCUUUGGUGCUUUGGAGGCCUGUAAGGAGUGCAUGGGCCAGCUGGUGUUCAAGGGUGAUGCUUAUUACUGUACAGGCGACAUUUCAGCUUGGACAAAGUGUGUGUUCAAAACGGCAACACCCUUACGCAAGGACUGGGUCAUCCCCAAGGAAUUCAACGAGGUUCCUUUCCUGAAAAAGUUCAAGUUCAAGCGACAGGACAGGGUUUACCCCAAGGAGGCUCCCAACCAAACCCUGACAGCAGCCAAAGCCAAACCCCUGCCGAGUGCAUCCAGUGCCCCGACCGAGAUACUGCCAGAGGGAGCCCCUUCAGACAAACCACUGACGGGUAUGAAACUGUUGGCUGUGGGUAAGCUGAGCAAGAACAAGGACGAUUUGAAGGCUGCUGUAGAGGAGUUGGGUGGAAAGAUCACGGGCACAGCCAGUAAAGCCUCUCUCUGCCUCAGCACCAAGAAGGAGGUGGAGAAGAUGAGUAAGAAGAUGGAGGAAGUGAGGGACGCUGGCGUGCGCGUGGUCUCCGAGGAUUUCCUCACAGACAUCAAGUCGUCGGGUAAAGCUCUCCAGGAACUGGUCUCUCUGCACGCCAUCUCACCCUGGGGCGCAGAGGUCAAAGUCGAGGCUCAGGCUCCGUCCGUGGCCUCCAAGUCUGGAGCGCUGGCUACCAAGAGCACAGGGAGAGUCAAGGAGGAGGAAGGUGGCAGCAAAGCCAAGAAGAUGAAACUCACAGUUAAAGGAGGAGCUGCUGUGGAUCCAGAUUCAGGUCUGGAGAACAGCGCUCAUGUCCUGGAGCAAAAUGGAAAGAUGUACAGUGCCACACUGGGUCUUGUGGACAUUGUCAGAGGAACUAACUCCUACUAUAAACUGCAGCUGCUGGAGGAUGAUGUACAGAAAAGGUACUGGGUGUUCAGGUCAUGGGGCAGAGUGGGCACCACCAUUGGAGGCAACAAGCUGGACAAGUUUCAUGACAAGAACUCUGCCCUGGAUAACUUCCUGGGCGUGUACAAAGAGAAGACGGGCAACGACUGGGGCUCCUCCAACUUCACCAAAUAUCCCAAUAAGUUCUACCCACUGGAGAUUGACUAUGGACAGGAUGAGGAGGCGGUGAAGAGGCUGACAGCAACAGCUGGCACCAAGUCCAAGCUGACCAAACCUGUCCAGGAGCUGAUCAAGAUGAUCUUUGAUGUGGAGAGCAUGAAGAAGGCCAUGGUGGAGUUUGAGAUCGACCUACAGAAGAUGCCCCUUGGAAAGCUGAGUAAGAGGCAGAUCCAGAGUGCCUAUGCUCUGCUCACUGACGUACAGCAGGCUGUGUCAGAUUGUGUUCCAGAGGCACAGAUACUGGAUCUGUCCAAUCGCUUCUACACCCUGAUACCUCACGACUUUGGCAUGAAGAAACCCCCACUGCUCAACAACCUAGACUACAUUCAGGCUAAAGUACAGAUGUUGGACAACCUGUUGGAUAUUGAAGUGGCAUACAGUCUCCUAAGAGGCGGGGCCCAGGAUAAUGAGAAUGAUCCCAUCGACAUCAACUAUGAGAAACUCAAAACCAAGAUUGAGGUUGUUGACAAGAACACAAAUGAGGCUGAGAUCAUUUUGCAAUAUGUUAAGAACACGCACGCUGCUACACACAACACCUACACACUGGAAGUGCAAGAAAUCUUCAAAAUUGUUCGUGAGGGAGAGCGCCAGCGGUACCGUCCCUUCGAGGAGUUACACAACCGCCAGCUGCUGUGGCACGGUUCUCGCACGACCAACUACGCUGGUAUCUUGUCUCAGGGCCUUCGUAUUGCCCCUCCAGAGGCCCCAGUGACCGGUUACAUGUUUGGCAAAGGUGUGUACUUUGCUGACAUGGUGUCCAAGAGUGCAAACUACUGCCACACCUCCCAGUCGGACCCUGUAGGCCUCAUACUGCUGGCUGAGGUUGCCCUUGGCAACAUGCAUGAACUGAAGAAGGCCUCCCACAUUACAAAAUUACCUAAGGGCAAACACAGUGUUAAAGGUUUGGGUAGAACUGCUCCUGAUCCAAGUGCUGCUACCAGUUUAGAUGGGGUGCAAGUGCCUCUGGGAAAAGGAGUCCACACCAACAUCGAUGACACAAGUCUACUGUACAACGAGUACAUUGUGUAUGAUGUAGCGCAGGUAAACAUGAAGUAUCUCCUGAAGAUCAAGUUUAACUACCAGACGUCCCUGUGGUGAGAGCGACUGUGUCCGAACCUUCUUCAGUGAAAACAAAGACCACUGUUGCCUCCAAACGCUUGGGCUACAUUCUCUGCAACAGAAGAUGUUUGGCAAAGGAGUGAUGCUAUACCCUACUUCGCAAUUGUCUUUGGAAAUCUCUAGUCACUUUAUUGCUUUUUCCAUCAGGUUUACUAGCUGGCAGCCUUCCUUAGUGUUGCAUUACGUACUUAAAUACCUACUUCUGGCACAUAAGACUGCAGAUCACAGCUCAAUACAGUAGUUGCAUACAACACCAUCUUGUGUAUACAACAUAAAAGGUUUUGGUUUAGAGAUGGACAUCAGAAAUGUUAGUUUUCUGUCUGUUUAUCUUGAAUUUGAGAAUGAUCUUAUUUGUUCAUUCUUAAAAAAAACUGUAGUUAAUAAGGCAUAGUACUUAAAUAGUUUGGAGUUGUGAACAGCCAGUCUGCAGACAUACCCAGGCCAGUGAUUAUAUUUUGCAAAGGUUCCCCAGCAAAAUAGCCACUAAGAUGAACAUUUUGUAGACUGUUGUGUUAAAAGAUACUGUACAAGGUUUGAGCGGUAUAUAUGUUUUGCUGUUUGUCUCUGAAGUUGUCUUCCUUGCCGAAAGUAAUCAAAAAUAAACCAAUAAACAAUGUAGUUCAUGUUUAUGCAAAGUAUUCUGUGACAGAAGCAGCUGCCAUGAUAUGUGGUACACUUUUUCUUAGUGUUUUUUUUUUUUCUUGCUUACCUCAAACAAAAUAAAAGAUUGAGAGAAAAUUUCA